AUUUCCGCCCAACCGUUUUAGUACAUAGUGUCAAUGUUUUGUUUUUUUAUUUCCCCUUCAUGGACUCGCAUAGCGUGGCGUGGGCAUACCCUGUCUGAUUUUUACGUCGUUGAAUGAAGCUGUACGAUGUAUGGUGAUUUUUCUUUCCCCUUUGGUUUUUCUCGCUUUCUUUUCUCUCUACCUGUUUUCAGGUGGUAGAGACCUGCUUUGUUUCCGGUCCACGUGGGAUGCCUACCUUUUUUGCUUCAUUUCAGUUAACCAAAUCAUGUGUUUCACAUGUGCUGGUCUUCGCCUUCAUUGUUUCACAGUGAGGAGUAUGCUUUUGUGGGCAUCGCUGUCUUCGAUGGCAUGCCUGUAUGAUCUUGUUGGAAAUCCAGUCCUGUCUGUCCGGCGGUUUGCGGAGAUGUUUUGUCGCCUCACCACCCCGACAGAGUUAUGAUAUGUAUGUUACCCAAGUUUCUUGCAAGGAACAAAAAAAUGCACUUGGUUCUUUAUCACUUCUGCU